AUGAUUCUGACUGGCAAAGACGUGAAAGAGUACAGCGACCCAAUGAGGAUGGAGUGGGACAAGGAGCAGUUGAGGGCCAAUGGGAAGGCUCCAGUCCACUUCGAGUUCCUCCCGCCAGACAGACUGGUCACGGCCAAAACAGACAUCAAGAUGGAACUCAAACUCACGUAUCAAGCUACAAGUGCAAGUGUGUAUUACAGACAACAGGACAUCCGGAUAUGCAUGUACUACUACCCCUUGCUGUGUCUCAAGGACGUCAAACUCACACCCCACGAGGACAUCAGCCAUUUCUCCAUCAGACUACUCCUUCUUAAUGGAUCUCCACACACAGUGCAUGUGGAUGGCAAUGGGGGCCACAACUUCCAAGUGAGACCCUACUCCGUCUCCAGGAACUUACUCAAGUGCAGACGAUCCAACGACUUCCCCAAAUCAGACGAUAACAAAGAGUGGCUGGUUUUCGUGAGGAGUAAAUUAAAUCUGGUGUGGACAUACCAACACAGGAGAGGAAUUGUCAACCCAGAUCCACUGUUCCAAGCCAGGGUUGAGUGGUGGAGAAAAGCUGUGAGAAUUCCCAAGGUCAUAUUUGAUCUGCAAGUCAAAGACAACAAGAGUGGCGAAUUCAAGGCUUUCCUUCCUAUUUCAAAUUUGAAAACGUGA